AUGUUGGCCUCCUCAAGGCCCUCAACGAGAACCAGGGUGGAAGGGAAACUUAUUGGACUCGCAGAUGAGUUCCGCUAUUUAGUUUGUAUGCCGACAAAAGAUCGCAGCUACGAGAGAGAUAUCCAGCAGAGAUGCGCUGAAACGAAUUGGGAUUCAGCCCUUUCGCCAAUUCUUGGUAGUCGACCACCAUCGUCAACGAAGUCAGGCUUCGACUCUACCUAUCCACAAUCCCCCUAUCAUGAUUUACGGAGCGGGAAGCUUGGGCAGCGCCAACGAUGGUGA